CCGCGUCCAAGAUGGCGAUUAAGCGGCCUUCAUAACCUUUACGGGGCUGGGCAGUGUUGACGCCGGAGCUGGCAGGGGGUGGAGCGGUUAGUAAACAGCAAAUGCGGGAACUGCUGGGCCGGAGUCAGCCAUGGACUGGAAAGAAAUUCUUCGCCGGCGGAUAGCGACGCCCAACACCGGUCCAAACAAAAAAAAAAGUGAACAAGAAUUAAAAGAUGAAGAAAUGGAUUUAUUUACCAAGUAUUACUCAGAAUGGAAAGGAGGUAGAAAAAACACAAAUGAAUUCUAUAAGACCAUUCCCCGGUUUUAUUAUAGGCUGCCAGCUGAAGAUGAGGUCUUACUACAGAAAUUAAGAGAAGAAUCCAGAGCCGUCUUUCUGCAAAGGAAAAGCAGGGAACUGUUAGAUAAUGAAGAAUUACAGAACUUAUGGUUUUUGCUGGACAAGCACCAGACACCACCCAUGAUUGGAGAGGAAGCAAUGAUUAAUUAUGAAAAUUUUUUAAAGGUUGGUGAAAAAGCUGGACCAAAGUGCAAGCAAUUUUUCGCAGCAAAAGUCUUUGCUAAACUCCUUCAUACAGAUUCUUAUGGAAGAAUUUCCAUCAUGCAGUUCUUUAAUUAUGUCAUGAGAAAAGUUUGGCUUCAUCAAACAAGAAUAGGCCUCAGUUUAUAUGAUGUUGCUGGACAAGGGUAUCUCCAGGAAUCUGAUUUAGAAAACUACAUAUUGGAACUUAUCCCUACUUUGCCACAAUUAGAUGGGCUGGAAAAAUCUUUUUACUCCUUUUAUGUUUGUACAGCAGUUAGGAAGUUCUUCUUCUUUUUAGACCCUCUAAGAACAGGGAAGAUAAAAAUUCAAGAUAUUUUAGCAUGCAGCUUCCUAGAUGAUUUAUUGGAGUUAAGGGAUGAGGAACUGUCCAAGGAGAGUCAAGAAACAAAUUGGUUUUCUGCUCCUUCUGCCCUACGGGUGUAUGGCCAAUAUUUGAAUCUUGAUAAGGAUCACAAUGGCAUGCUCAGUAAAGAAGAACUCUCCCGCUAUGGAACAGCAACCAUGACCAAUGUCUUCUUAGACCGUGUUUUCCAGGAGUGUCUCACUUACGAUGGAGAAAUGUGA